AUGCAUACCGCCUUCGACAGCUCCCCUCUGCUGACGGGCAUCAAGGGCAAGCCGGAAGCCAUCGUCGUUCAUGGUGCCAAGCUCUUCAUCGGUACGUCUACAGGGGCACUCAAUGUCUUUCGCACCGAUCAGCCAUCUGCAUCAGCAGAGACUUCAUCAUCAUCAUCAUCAUCGUCCAAACGUCCAACGUCUCUCCACGGCUCACCGACCAAAGCAGCUUCGAUUCUCUCCUCGCCUGCAUCCGUCCAAGAACCCAAAGCCGCCGCAGCAACGCCCACACACACAGCAGCACAGUUCUCCAAGCGCUCCAUAGACCAGCUCGGUGUAAUAAAGGAAGCCAACCUGCUCGUAUCGCUGUCCGACGGGUAUGUCUCGCUGCAUGACCUUUCGACGCUGGAACUGCGUUCGCAGCUGGUGCAGACCAAGGGUGCGACUACGUUUAGCGUGGAUACGUCGAUUCAGAAAAGGGUCGCUCCUCAGAUACCGGAUUAUGGGCCGGGGCCUUUGGGUGCGAGGGCAUCGAGCAAGUUCAAUCUGAAUGCGUCGAUUAGCUCGCGUGCGUUCCGACCGGGUGCGAUUGGCGAUCAGACUCAGAACAGUGCAGGAGGUGGUGCUGCGAGCGGUACGGCGACAGUGGGAAGGAAUAGGUCGAGCGUGUAUGAUGUUCCGUCCAAGGACUGGCAGGCGGCAAGCAUGAGGGGAAUGGAUGCUGUUGCCAGGUACCGCGAAGAAGAAAGGAGAAAGGCGAUGGAGGGUGCACGUUUCGGCGGUGCUUCGGCGGACGCUGAAGGUCAGGGCGGAGUGAUGACGCUCGUCACUGUUUUGGCUGUGGGAGUCAAGCGCAAGCUGCUCGUCUUCCGCUGGGUCGAUGGCGAGUUCUGGGACACUCGAGAAGUGGCGCUGCACCACACACCUCGUAGCUUGGCGUUUGUCACACCGACCAGGCUGUUCAUGGGAUACAAUGCCACCGAGUACGGUACCAUCUCCAUCCCGCUGGCCGCCGAAUCGACUGUCUCGUACACGCACCCUUCCUCCGAUCUCGGCGGCGGGGCCGCUGCCCUCCGUCGCGAGACACACGUCCACCCACCGACCAACUCGACAUCGGGCCCAUUAGUGGACCUCACGUCGCCCAACCUCUCCUCGUGGCACGUGGAGGACUUCGACUUGUCCAGCAGCAAUGCAGCUGCCGGCGAAGGAUUGCAUGCAUCGACGGGCGGCGCGCAUCCGAGCACGACCAUUCCGAUCUCGAGCGGCGGUUUCGGCGCGGCGCUCGGCGGGCUGGGCGGGCUGGGAGGAUACAUGGGUUUGAGCAGCAAGGGCAAGAUUUCGGUGCUGCACGUCGAUGGUGGGGAGGUGCUGUUCGUGCGAGACGGCACGGGCAUCUUUCUUGGUGCUGACGGCCGGCCUACGAGGCGUGAAGGCGUCGAAUGGAGCGCCAGCCCGCUCGAAGUGGCAUUUGCUAAGCCGUACGUCUUUGCCGUGCUUCCCAGCGGAUCGGUUCCAGCGCUCAAGAACAAUUCGCUGCCCAACGCAAACAAUCCAGUGCUGCAGAUCCGCUCUGUCGGAACUUUAUUCGCUGUUCAGACGCUCUGUUUCCCUCCAGUGUCUCCGGCGACAGCGUCCGCUGGUAGAUCCUCGUCGUCAACGUCGACCUCGCCGCCACAGGUGCGGCUUCUGACGCCGUCGAGCGGCAACCGACCACCGAUCUACGUCGUCGUCACACCGACCGAUCGCACGACACUCGAAAAGGAAGGGAGCACCAUCUGGCAAUUAGAGAUGCAGGGAUGGGGCCGGCAGAUCGACGAAUUGGUCGAGAAAGGCGAGUUCGAAGAGGCGCUUGGUCUGCUGGAUAGCGUCGACAACGUGAUUUUGGAGGACAAGGAUGAGCGGCGAGCACACGUGCAGGGUCUAUUUGCCGUAUCGCUAUUCGCAGACGAGCGUUUUGACGAAGCCAUCGAGAUGUUCAUGGAGCUCGAUACCAAUCCGGCCAAGGUGAUCGCGCUGUAUCCGCCCAAUGUUGCUGGCCAGCUGAGCCGCAGCAAGGGCGAGUGGUUCCCCAUCUUUGGCGGCAAGACGCCGGCCAAAUUGCGAGCUGCACCAGCGGAGGCCGCGGGGGAAGCGAGCCCGACACCGAGCCAUGCGACGCUGGCGACCUCUGCGACGUCGGCAGCUAGAAGCCGACUCGGGGCUUUUUUGCCUGCUCGAAGGCCACAGAGCAUCAUUGGCGAGCCAGCUGCUGGCGCCACGAGCAGCUUGAGCUCGAGUCCGUCCCAUGCAAGCUCGAUUAAGCCGAAGCCAAGUCGAACGGCGACGAGCUUGACAGCGGGCAACGACAUAGACCAGAAUGCUGCCGAGACGGGCUCGAUUCGGUCUCUGAGGACUGCACGCGAUGCGCCCGAGAUGAAGGCCACAGGAUCGAGUGCGAGUCGAGACAGCCGUGCAACUGCAGCAGCUGCCGAGUCGUCUUCGCGCAAGGCGCUCGACGCGCUCGGCAAGUUUCUCGCGGAUCGUCGACGCAUUUUCAAACCCAUCCUGGAAUCGAGCUCGCAUCACGAGUCCAAGGACCAUAUGGCCAUGUCGCAGAUCAAGCGCGACACGCACUGGCUACUCUCGCUCCCCAACAAGCCGUUUGGCGAGAUGGACAAGGACGAGCUGAUUGCGGUAGCCCAAACGGUGGAUACGGCGCUGUUUAAGACGUUCCUGCUGAUUAAGCCGGCGCUGAUCGGGCCGCUAUGCCGUAUCGAGAACUGGUGCGAGGUGGAACAAGUGGAAGAGCUGCUCAAGGAACGCAAGAAGUUUUCGGAGCUGAUUGCGCUGUACGGCGGCAAAGAGAUGCACAGCAAGGCGUUGGGUCUUCUCAAGCAGUUUGCAGAAGACGAGGAGGAUGCCGAGGAAAAGAUGAGGCCUACGAUCCAGUAUCUGCAGAAUCUCGGCCCCGAGUUCAUUGAUGUCAUCCUCGAGGCAUCUCACUGGUUGUUGAAGGUCGACAGCGAGUUGGGCAUGGAAGUGUUUACAGCGGACACGGGCAAGGUGGGGUCGUGGCCUCGAUUGCGAAUCGUCGAUGAUUUGAACCGAUUCGACAAGGUUCUGUGUGCGGUCUACCUCGAGUUCAUCAUCGAAAACGUUGGCGAGGCGGAUCCCGAGUUGCACGACAAGCUGAUCAGGCUAUAUCUUCGACAUGCGGCACACCUUCGAGAGCAGCUGCAUACUGGCACGAGCGGAUCAGACCGAAGCGACAAGGAUGGUGGAGCAAACAAGGUGGGGCAAUCCGCGGUGCAAACACAGCGAGACGAGCUCAUGCAGAAGCUGCUCACGUUUUUGCGAACGUCAACCCAGUACCGUCCGGAGCAGAUCCUGGUGCGGUUGCCGGCGGACGACGACGACAGGGACAUGCUCGAAGCAAGAGCUUUGCUGUUAGGCAGAAUGGGUCAGCACGAGGGCGCACUCAGCAUCUAUGUGCGCAAGCUGCAAGAUGCGACGCGGGCGGAAGAGUACUGUCGAGACGUGUGGCGAUUCCGAGCCGCGUCGAAGCCGAGCCUGCAAGAACAAUCACAUCAGGUGAGGGUACGACGAUCGAACCAUCAACAGAGCCUGCUGGUGGACCACGAGCAGAAGCAGCUUGCGGAUCAAGAGGUGUUCUUGACACUGCUGCGCAUUUACCUGGAGCCCUCUUCGGACGCUUCUCCCCAACUGAACGCCGCUCUAGGGCUGAUUGAGCGACACGCAGCACGCAUCGACCUGCGAUCUGCACUGGAUCUGCUUCCAGCCUCCGUCCCACUAUCGCAGAUCGCGUCAUUUGUCAACGUCAACUUGCGAGAUUUGACACGCAAGCAGCACGAAGCGAAAGUGAUCCGCGAGGUCCGCACGAACCGCAACUGGCAGGUGGAAGAGACGCUGUGCAAGCUUCAGGGAAGGAGGGUCAAGGUCGGCGAGUCGAGGACGUGUCCCAAGUGCCACAAGAGGCUGGGCAACAGUGUGGUGGCGGUCAAUCCGGUCAGCGGAGCAGUGAUGCACUACUUCUGCUCGAUCCAUGCCGAGCAGAAGGGGCAGCAACGGCCGUCUUGA